UGGAGCGCAGGCGGGGCGGGAAGGAAAUCUGUGUUUCUCUGGUUCUGUAUGCGUGAGGGCAUGCGGAAUAAGUAGCAAUUACGAGACCAGAAGCAGCGUAAAAUUAAACUCAGUGUUCCUCUUGCUUUGGCAGCGAGAUCCAGCAUGCCACCGCAAAGGCUUUUCACUUUACCAAGACAGGAAUCUUUGGUUCUUCCGGCCGUACUGAAUCCCUUCUUACACGAACUGCACCUGACGGCGGGGAAGACGUUUAAACUUGUGCUUCUUGGUGUGGUUCUGGUUCCAGUCCGUGUGCUAUGCAUGGUUGUAUUUCUUUUAUUGGCUUGGCCAUUUGCUGCCUUUGCUACACUACGGCUACCCACAAAACUUUCUGCUGAGCCCACGAAAGGCUGGAGGAGGUGCCUAAGUUAUGUAGCAGUUAGUGUUGCAGGUCGCAUCUUUUUCUACAUCAUGGGCUUCCGGAUCAUCAUAAAAGGCACUAGAGUAAGCAGUAAAGAGGCUCCUAUUCUUGCUGUUGCACCACAUUCUAGUUUUUUUGAUGGAAUUGUAUGUGUCAUUGCUGGCCUGCCCUCCACAGUGUCUCGGUCAGAAAAUUUACAUACACCCGUGUUUGGAAGAUUUCUUCGAUGCCUGCAGCCUGUGCUAGUUUCUCGUGUAGAUCCAGAUUCCCGGAAAAACACAAUAUUAGAGAUUGAAAGAAGGGCUACAUCUGCUGGGAAAUGGCCACAGGUGCUGAUUUUUCCAGAAGGCACCUGCACAAAUCGUUCCUGUCUAAUCACUUUUAAGCAAGGUGCCUUCAUUCCUGGAGUUCCAGUUCAGCCAGUCAUCCUCCGUUAUCCAAACUCAGUUGAUACAGUAACCUGGACAUGGCAAGGUUAUAAAGCGAGAACACUUCUGUUACUGACUCUCUGUCAACUAUAUACCAAAGUAGAGAUUGAAUUUCUUCUACCACACGUUCCAAGUGAAGAAGAGAAAAGUGACCCCUGCCUUUUUGCAAGUAGAGUCAGGAGUAUAAUGGCUACGUCUCUUGGAUUACCAGUGACUGAUCACACUUAUGAAGACUGCAGACUUAUGAUAUCAGCAGGGGAGCUAACUUUGCCAAUGGAAGCAGGUUUGGUGGAGUUCACCAAAAUCAGCAGGAAGCUCAAUCUUAAAUGGGAUAAUAUCAAGAAAGAAUUAGAAGGCUUUGCCAAUGUUGCAAAUGCAGCCAAAGGAGGAAGAAUUGGGAUUGAAGAAUUUUCUAAAUUCCUUAAACUGCCGAUCAGCCCAGUCCUACAAGAGUUAUUCGCCCUCUUUGACAGGAAUGGAGAUAGUACCAUAGAUUUUAGAGAGUAUGUGAUUGGACUGGCUGUUCUUUGUAGACCUGUUAAUAAUGAAGAAACAAUUCAUAUGGCUUUUAAGCUCUUUGAUACAGAUGAUGAUGAACAUAUAACAGAAGAUGAAUUCUCAUCUCUUUUGCGCUCUUCUCUGGGGAUUCCUGAUUUGGAUGUUACCAAACUGUUUCAAGACAUUGAUGUGGAUGGGUCAGGAAAAAUAACAUACGAAGAAUUUAAGGAUUUUGCUCUGAAGCACCCACAGUAUGCCAAACUAUUCACAACCUACCUUGACCUUCAGCGUUACCACGCACUGCAAACAGAACAGGAACCUGACAUCACACUAGCAGGAAAUAAAGUUGCUCCUGAAAUUGUUAAUGAAGACAGUACUUCAGACAAGAAGGAUGACUGAAUCCUAAUCCUGCAUGUUACACUGUAUGUAUGUAGCUUCAGUGUUAAUGGGUGUGUUUGUAUAAUCUUCACAAGCAUUUAUAUUGUUUUUUCUCCCUCUUCAUAAUGGGAAAACAGCCUUCUUCAAGUCAAUUUUGACAUUUUUAAAAGGCUUCAGCAUUCUAGAAGCAACAUCCAAUUAUAUUAGAGACUUGGAAAAGAACUACUUUAUCAAAUUUUUUCUGUAUUUAAAUCAAGAAUUUUCAUCAAAGUUUUGACUAGUCAAACUGAAGAGCUUCAUGCUGUGGAGUACAUUAUGCAGAUACUGACCCACAUACAGCACAUUGCCACACUGGGCUUUGAAGAUGCCUCAAGAUGUCUCCAUGGGCACUGUGCAAAAGCUAAACUGAGUUGCUCAGUAAAUCAGAAGAUGGUUUAGGAGGGCUUUUUCAUUUCCUUAUCUUUGCUUCACCUCUUUAAAUUAGUUUAUUUGGGAAAUCACUUUUGUAAUAUAUCUUUGAUAAUUACAAGAAGCGCAUGUUUUAAUUUAAGUCAACCACCAAAAUCUAAAGCAAAUCCAUAUGUAUCCAGUCCAUUAUAAAUAGAAAUUUAUGCAUUUAGAAUGUAACAUACUUCAUAGUAUUAAAAUGAAAUCUAAAUAUGGGCUUGAUUUAAUGUAGAUUUAGAAUGAAAAUAGCAAUAAGAAUACAUAAAAGAAACAGUUAAAAAUAUGAGGGAAUGAUCUGACUGAAAUGCAGCACUGCUGCCCUCUACUGAUUACUUCUCUUCUGGCAUUUAAUUUACUGUGUAGUUAGCAAAGGAGCUUCAGUAAAGAAUUGGGAAAACAAACAAAACCGUAUAAUGUUUUAGUAAACAGAAAUGACAGAAUGAUAUUAUAUGCUGUACGAUGUACUUUUCUGAAUCUGCGUGUGUGUGUGUAUUGUACUCUCUUUCUCUCUCUUUCUCAUAUAAUAUAUAUAUAGGGGAUCGAACCUCAGAUGUCAGCGGCUGAGGCUUCAGCCCCUGGUUUGAUUACUUGACAGGGUAUAGAUUGGAGUAUUACAUGCAUAGGUCAAAAUCACAAUCCAACAUUUGGGUGGGUACCUACCAGGUAACACUUGUGGUUGACUGGCCAGUCAGCAGACAUCCACCAUGUCCUCUCAGUUACGAGAAGCAAAUCAUAGACAUGUUAUAUAGUACCUGCCCAAAUAAUUAUAUAUAUAUAUACUGUAUAUAUACACAGGGUGUCCCAAAAGUCACUAUACAGUUCCUUUUUUGUAUUUCUUUGUAGGUAUCAUUCGGAGAGACUUAAGCCAUCAGCAUAUGACAACUUAGGCUUUGCAGUUUUUAUAAGCGUAUUAUUCCCUUAACCAUUCAACAAGAUGAAGCCCCUCCCCACUUUACCAGGUUAGUCAGAGAUUUCCUGAACAUCAAGUUUCCUGACCGAUGGAUCUGUCGAAGGGGUCCCCUUGAAUGGGCUCUGCACUCCCCUGACCUUACACCUUGUGACUUUUUUUUUGUGGCGCUAUAUCAAAAGCAAGGUGUAUGCCACUAAGCCCCGUAACCUGUCACAGCUUGAGGAAAGAAUCUGCACGGCCUGCAGCGAGGUCAGGGAAGAGAUGCUGCAAAAUGUCGGAGAGGCUUGCGUCCGAAGGUGGCUGAAAGUUGUCGAAAUUGGAGGCGCUCAUGUGGAGGUAUACAACUAGUCUUCAAGGCGUUAGAACGUGAUUGCAAGCCUAGCAAGUAAAAUUGCAAUGACUCCUUUGUUGAUGCUAGAAAUAUUAAUAAACUCAGUUUCUUGUGUAAUUUUUAGGAAUUUAUUAAAAAUGUAUAGUGACUUUUGGGACACCCUGUAUAUAUACAGGAGCCUGAACCUAACCUGGUAUGGCAGCCCACCUUCUUAAGUGAUUCUUUCUGUUUGGGGUCAUUUAAUAAGUGAGUGGUGUUUUUAAAUUUUUAUCAUCAAGUCUGUUUUAAAAAAAAUCUUUAAUUUUUAAAUAACUGAUUAUGUAACUCUAAAACCUUCAGGAUUGCAUUUUAUUCCAUGUUAAAAUUAUCUGCAUAUUAAAUAACAUUGUUUUCAUAAAAAUGUUCUGGUUUCUCAGGUAACGCAACCAUUGAUUGCUGGUUUUCUCUUGUAAAUAAAAAUGUAUGACAAUGUAUAAAAUGUUCAAAUAUAAAAGGGACUACACCACGGAAUUUGGGGUAAAAAAUACUGACCACAACCAGAAUAAUUAGGUUGGACAUGAUUAUUUCAUGUACCGGUAUUAUAAAGCCAAAAAAUGUCUUUUUGGAGUCAUGUUACUUCUUGUGUUUCUAGUUUGUGAAGGGCAUGAUGGCACAGUGAUUAAUCCAGUUGUUGCCAUUUCCUCAGUUCACGGAUCUUGGUUUGAGUUACAGCCCACUCACAAGGUGUGUGGAGUUUUCACAUUCUCUGCGUGGGUUUUCUCUAGGUCCCUCCCAUUUUCCAAAGAUUUCCUUUUAAAUUUAAAUUGAGACUUUAGGUUGUUCCAGUGUGGGUGUUGGUUUCUGCAUGACUCUGCCCUGCAAUGGGUUGGCAUACCUUCCCAGAUCAGUUUGUGCCUUGUGCCUGAUGAUGCCGGGAUAACUUCAGUCACUCUGCAGUUAUGUCAUGAAAGAAACCAGAUUCACAAAAUCAGUGGUUCUUUUUAUUUCAAAAAUACACAGUGUGUGUGUGUGUGUGUGUGCGUAUACAUAUACACACAGACAUACAUAUAUGUGUGUGUGUAUGUAUAUAUACACACCUGGAAUAGGAUAUUAAAUGUACUCAAGAUAUAAUGAUGCAUUACAUGUAUAAAAAAAACUUUUUUCAAAGGUGCUGUGUGAGAUUAAUUUGACCCAUUGCACUUCCCGUUGAGUACUACACACCCUCAGAAAGGUACUUUAAUUGAAUGGAUAUAGUGGCAUUAGAUAUGCCCUAGCUAUUGCACAGCGUAACGCACAGAAUUUAUUAUACUUAGUUUUUGAAGUAACUUAACAGAAUCUAAGCAAUGGACACAUCAAAUCCUCCUGGGGAGGAGAGCAUGGUAAUAUCAUUUGCCUUGCAUGUAUAUGAUUGCUUCUCUUGAUUAAUAAAACAAAGCUGUAUUUUAUUUAGUGCCUUUAUUAGUUAUUAGCAUUGCAGGGCACUUUACAAAUCAAAUAAUGCAUGAGUGCAUGAACGAAAGAAUGCAUGAGUGAGGAAAUCAGUUUUUAAAAUAAUACACCACUGUUUAAAAUGUAAACAUUCUGACUUGAAAUACUUUAUCUUUAGAGCCAACUUAUGUGCCUAUGUUUCAGAAUUUAUGUGCAGUCUAUACAUUGUCCUCUACAAAAAGCUGGAAUAUAAAUUUUUAUUUAACAAUUUUGUAUAUGUUUAUGUAAUAAAGAGUUACAAA